GACACUUCGAGGUUGGGAAGGUGGGGCAAUUUUGAGAUGUUCAGGAUAAUAUAAUGUAGCUAGCGCUAUGUUCUUCGAAAAAAUAAACAUAUAUACGGCCACGGUUGCUUGAUCAAAUCUGAUGAAUCGAAACGGCUAAGGAAAAUCGAAUGACUCAUGACACACCAGGAUGAAAAGGAAAUUAAACAAACCUCAGCCACCUAAGCAGAGAAGAAGCCCCAGUUCACGGAGGGACAUGGUGGAUUCAGGUGUCAUGUCAGAUCCUGACAGUCAGAUGAAGCACCUGGCUUUGAUGCAGCACAGUAACAAUGUCCUUAAGUUCUUAAAUGAGGACAGAACCAAGCAGAGGUUUUGCGACCUACACGUCUCAGUGGGUGGAAAACAGUACAGUGCCCACAAAGUGGUGCUGGCCCAGGGUAGCAGUUACUUCCAUGCUGAGCUUACCAAGAACCCACACACAAACCAUGUCACCUUGGACCAUGUCGAGGAGUCUGUGUUCCAGCACCUGCUGCACUUCCUGUAUACGUCAGAAUGUGUGGUCUCAGAAAGGGAGCUCCCUGCCCUGACCAAGGCAGCACGCUUCCUGGAUAUGAUGGAUGUGGUAAAGCUGCUGACCGAGACAGAAGGACCAGUGGAUUGUGUCCUGGCCCAGGCUAAGACUGGGGUGGAGCCAGAUGUUGAGAGAAACACUGAAGCCCCAGCAGAUGGCACCAGAGACCAAAGCCAGACUAGUGUACAGUGUUGCUUCUGCAGCCGCAGGUUUUGCUACAAGAAGUCUCUGGAGAAUCACCUGGCCAAGAGUCACAUUUGUACACAAGGAGGGGGGACUCAAGGGGACUCAGUGGUUCAGAAUGCAGCAGAAGGUCAGGUGACCACAACUGCUAGGAGGUCAGCUCGAAGGAGGAAAGUCCCUGCCAAAUUUAAAAUGAGUGACAAUGAGGCCACAGAGGCUAACAUGGAUGAACCAUCUCAGGACACUGUUGGGCAAGAGACAGGCCCCUUUUUACCAGAGGAAGAGGAGAACAAAGAAGAACAUGACGACAGGAAACAGGAAAGCAAGUCUCCCUCAGGUGGUGCAUCAGAGGAUGAAGAAGAGAGGGAGGAUGAAGAGUUGGAAGUGGAGAACCAACGUGUCAUUGUGGAAACUGCAGAAGAUCAAACUGGUCCUGAGGUGGAGGUGUACAGUCAGACCUCUGACAGUGCUAAUCAUGCACCUGUAUACCCAGAGGGCCUGGCACCAGUCAUAAUCCACACCGCCAGCAAGAAAACUCUCCAGUGCCCCAAGUGUGACAAGACGUUUGACCGUAUAGGGAAGUAUGAGAGUCACACCAGGGUCCACACAGGGGAGAAGCCGUUCCAGUGUGACGUCUGUCUACAGUGUUACUCCACCAAGUCCAACUUGACUGUGCACAAGAAGAAACACGACAAUGAUGCUCCCUUCCAGAGGAAGGAGCACAAGUGUCCCUUCUGCAGCAAGCUCCAUGCCAGCAGGAAAACCCUGUCCAAACAUGUCAGAAGGUUCCACCCAGACCACAUCCAAGAGUUUAUUAUAAUGAGGAAGAGGAAGAGCGAAGGUUGGAAAUGUGAUAUCUGCCACAAGUCUUUCACACGUAGACCUCAUCUGGAGGAACACAUGAUCCUCCACUCACAGGACCGGCCCUUCAAAUGCUCCUUUUGUGAUGACUACUUCAAGUCCAGGUUUGCCAGGUUGAAACACCAAGAAAAGUACCACUUAGGUCCAUUCCCAUGCGACAUCUGUGGCCGACAGUUCAAUGACACGGGCAACAGAAAAAGACACAUUGAAUGCACACAUGGAGGGAAGAGAAAAUGGACCUGCUUCAUUUGCGGGAAAUCAGUGAGGGAGAGAACAACAUUGAGGGAACAUUUGCGUAUCCACAGUGGAGAGAAGCCCCAUCUCUGUAGUAUCUGUGGGCAGAGUUUCCGCCAUGGCAGCUCCUAUAGGCUUCAUCUCCGUGUCCAUCACGAUGACAAACGCUAUGAGUGUGACGAGUGUGGGAAAACCUUUAUUCGUCAUGACCAUCUGACCAAACACCAGAAAAUACACUCAGGUGAGAAAGCGCACCAAUGUGAGGAGUGUGGGAAGUGCUUCAGACGGCAUGAUCACCUGACUGUCCAUUACAAGAGUGUCCACUUGGGAGAAAAAGUGUGGCAAAAGUAUAAAAUGGCGGUGCAUCAGUGUGAGGUCUGCAAGAAAGAGUUCAAGGGGAAGUCCAGUCUAGAGAUGCACUUUAGGACACAUUCAGGUGAGAAACCACACAAAUGCCCAGUGUGCCACCAAACGUUCCGGAUUAAGAAGACUCUGACGAAACACAUGGUGAUUCACUCGGACGCCCGCCCCUUUAACUGCCCCCACUGCAGUGCCACCUUUAAGAGAAAAGACAAGCUCAAGUACCACAUGGACCACGUUCACAGCACAAAGUUCAGCGAGCAGCCUCUCACCGGAACUAACGAGGACAAGAUGGCCGUCCUGCCAUACGAUGAACCCCCUAAAGUAUUCCCUGAGGAACCCAAGACCAUCUUCCAGAGUGCCACCGCAGACUCGCGUGUUCCUGUCACUCUGGUGCCCGUCCUCAUGUCGGGCGUCCAAGGACAAGGUGACUUGGCCAGACACAGAACAACUAUCUCCACCCAACCCCAUGGUGUGCUCACGUCACCCCAAGCCCAGGCCCAGAUAACCAGGUACCAAGCAGCCACGGACCUGGCCUUCCUGGAGAAGUACACGCUGACCCCUCAGCCUGCCAACAUAGUGCACCCAGUACGGCCAGACCAGAUGCUGGACCCUAGGGAGUCUUAUCUGGGGACAUUACUCGGCCUGGACUCUGCCCCCACUGUCCAAAAUAUCUCUAACUCUGAUCACCCCCACUAAUAACCUCCGACCUGCCACCAGGCUUUGUAUGCAACAGUGAGCGACAGACAUGCAUUGUGGCUGGAGAGGAAUAUACUGAGAGUUAGUUCAGAAGAAGCACUAUAAUAAAAUAUGUUUUGUAUACUUUAGUUUUUUUUUUUUUUAUCACCACAGAAAUGUGCAGCAGUGAAGCUGCAUUUUAUAUCUUCCUCACCAUGAGAGCUCUGACACAUUAUCCAUGAUGUUGUUGUUUUCCCCAACCAUGCAAUGUUCUAUACUUGGAAACGUUGCAGUAGUAUGAGACAAGUAAUGUUGCCACUUGUUUGAACAAAUCUUGACACCUUUUCUAUAUUUUCCCAAUCUUUGAUGUUAUGUAAAGCGAAGGGAUCGGUCUGUGUUUUCGUCACACUGUAAUAUUGACUCCAUGCGCUAUGUUUAUACAUUGGGUUCCGUUAAUGGUCCAGUUUUUGUUGUUGUUGUGACUGAUAGGUUACACCGUUCAAACAGUACAAACACACCGUUUGACUUUGACUAUAUAAACUGAUAUAUUUGACUGAUAAUACUUAUUGUUAUUACCAGAUUGAAAUCAAUUGUUAUCCCUGACUGGCACAAAGCAUUUCUGAUGGGGAUAACAUGUUUACUAUUUGCUUGUUUUAAAUAGAAAAAACCUGGUAAAAAGGUUUUAAGUUUCAUAGUGGGUGUUGCAAGGUGUUGAUGGUGGUUGUAUAAGGGUCCUGUUGGCCUAGUUUACAACAUUCACAUGAAGCAUCAAAAUUGAUUUAAGACAUUUAAUUGUAUCAACCAUGUGAGAAGGUGAUCUUAAAUGAUGUGAGAAUACAGACCAUAAUAGAACCGUUAUAAUUGAUGAACAUGAAAGCUACAUCAUGUCCUCUGGAAAGCUUCUAAUAACUCUUCAUUUGGUUGGAGUUUUAGUUUGAUGUUGUGGUGGGAUUCUCACCCUCUGCCACCUGAAAAUGAACAGUCACCAUUGACAACAAAACCACAUUUCUAUUCUACAUACUUCAGAUGUACACAGACCUGGACAGUAGGCCUACUAUAGCCAUUCAUAUUUUUUCACUUUAUUACUUCAAUAUUCCUGUGUAUAAGCUUGCCAUUUGUGAUCAUUAGGAACAUUCGAACAUAAUUACAACUGCCAUCUAACCUUGUUAGAACUAAACUACUUCGACAAUUCAACUUCAACAGUGAAUUCAACUGUUAUGUCUUAAAUUGGACAGGAUAUACUUCACUUACCGAGUUGAAGUUAAU